AUGGCUUUGGGAUUUUCUGUAGAUUACAACGCACAUGUCGCUUUCCACUUUGUUUCCUCCCGGGCAACAACUCCCGAACUCCGUGUCAUCGAUGCUCUAAGCAAAGUAGGCGGAAGUGUUUUUUUAGGUGGGCUUAGCACAUUCCUUGGAAUGAUGCCAACGGGAUUUACCUCCUCCAUGGUAUUUCAGACAUUUUUCAAAAUGUUUGUUGGUAUCGUUUUUCUUGGUUUACUUCAUGGUUUGGUUAUACUACCUGUGUACCUGUCUCUACUCGGAAAGCUCUUUAAUCUUCGUGGAAGUAACCUUGACUUGUCAAUCAUAAAGUGGUUCAACAUUACAAAAAGAUACAAAUCUAGUAGAAAUACAAGCCGAGGUUUAUCUGGAUUACACGCAAAAACCAAGCAAUCCAAUCCGAUUGCCAUUGUGGGAAUGAGUUGUCGUUUUCCAGGUGGGGCAAACUCGAAAGAUGCAUUUUGGGAUAUGUUGGUGGAAGGUCGAUCUAGUAUUGGCUCGUAUCCAAUGAACAG